GAUCAUCUCAGACAUCAAAGCAUGAUCAAGAUAUUCACAACUACCACCGAGAAUUCACUUUCACUUUUCACUUCAAAUUAGAAUAAGUGCGCUUUCGGAAUCAAUCACUGUACCGGUCUUCGUUUCGACCUCUCGAUUUAAACUUCAACCUUCUACCUCGUUUGUAAAAUUCUCAACCCCAUCAACUGCACACUCAUCUUCAAUAUAAAAUUUGCAUCACAAACCUUUUUUAUCUUCCCCCUCGAGAAAGAACUCAACAAAAUCUGCAUAUCUCAUCACAUCAUAUCACAUUCACAAAAAUGUCCCCCAUAAAAGAUGAAAGCGCAUCUCCUUCUCGUUCUAGUUUCGUUCCGCCAUACAUAUCUGACUCGGAGCCAGAAUCGGAUUCACUUUCUCCGCCGCCAAGAGAUGAUGAGCGCGGAUUUAUGAGUGGAUAUGCUCGCACUUUGUAUCGGAGCAGACGCGGAUAUAGAGGUUCUUAUGGUUAUAGUCGGGUUGUACGACCGCGUGAAGACGAUGAUGAAAAUGGAGGCGAGAAUGAGGACGAUGAGGGUGUGAAUGUAUAUGAUGAUGGGUAUGGAGAUCUAGAGGAUGAUGGUGAGGAUGAUGGCGAGGAGAGAGAUGACAACGAGGAGAACGAAAAUGAAAAUGGAGAUUCCGACCAGGAGAUCAAAGACGAAGAUUCAUCAGAGCCAGAACUCGAACUCGAACUUUCAAUCGAAAUUGACGAUAUCCCCAUCAACGUUCCCCAAACUCAACAAAUCCUACUUUCAGACAUGGAAGGUUCCGAAAAUGAACUCGACUCUGAUAGAAACUCCACAACCGCAUCUGAAGAUUGGCGCAACAUGGACUUUAACCAAGAAGAUAAAAUUCUCCCUCCCCUUCCCCCUACUCAGGAGGAAAUAUUGGCUGCAGUUGAAGAGGAGCUACAGAAGCAAAUAAGUAGAGCUGUUCACGAGGAUAAAAUCCGUCAGAAUAUGGCUGCCGCCAAUCAUAGACCUACUCCUGAUCCCAGUCCUACUAUUCGAUUUUUCGCAAUCGGAGCAGAUAUGUGUGAGGAAUUGAUGGAAACUAUAUGUUCGGAUGCGAAAUUUAUUGGAAUAGGUAGAUUGGAUGGAUGGAUGUUUUGCGUUGAUGAGAAAGUUGAGGGAGCGUGUUGUUAUCGAAACAUUGUACCGAUUUCGGAUUUGAAGAAAGAGGAAGUAGAGGCAGAGGCAGAAUAUAAUACUCUUGAUAAAGUCGUCUAUGGAAUCAUAUGGGAGGUUCAUGAGAAUACACUUUAUACACUUCUGGAACUGGGUAAGAAGGACUGGGAACCACAAUUUGGAAUGGCGCGUGUGGAUGUUGUGAGGUUGGAAUGCGAAGGGGUUGGACGCGCGUUUGGGAUGGGGUGGGGAUUGAAGAGGGGAUUGAGGGAGGUGGGCAUGGAGAGAGAUGUGGUUGUGUUUACGGGGGUACCUGGGGGUAUGGGAUUGGGAGAGGGAUAUAAUGAGAGGGUUAAUAGGGGGAUUGUGGAGGGUUGUAUGAGGGGUAUUCCGGAUGAGUGGGUGGAGAGUGAUGUGAGGAUUUGGGUGCAGUAUCCUGAUGUUCCGGUGCAGAUGAAGUAGAGGUUGGAGAUGGAGAUGAGGGAGAGAGGCUGAAAGGGUUUGUCAGAAGGUAUUUUGGAGGGAGCGAGAAGACGUUUUAGUAAAACAUAUGAGGAAGACUUUCUCUGGAGUGGAGUGGAGUAGAGUCUUAAAAAGUCAGGUAUGCUUCGUACCAUGAUUUCACAAGCUGGUCUGUGGGUAAUCUUAUGGUAUAUCCCAUCGUAUGAUUGAAGAAGGGGAAGAAGUACAUACAUACAUCAACUUUAGACUUUACAACGAAGAGAUAAAGAGAUUACUUCUGUUCGUUUCGGCGGGGACA